ACGGUCCAGGAGUCGAACGAAUUCUGCCUCUAGAUCUCUGGGUGAGCGGAUGAUGCAGAUACGAGGAUAAUCAGACCAUCCUCAUCCUCAUCCUCAUCCUCUUCAUCAGGAUGUCUGACUCGGAGAUGUCGGAGUUCGCGAGUAUCGUGGAGCGCCUCGAGAGAGGAGAGGUGCAGAUGAAGAGCAUCGAGCGGGAGCUGAUCUGCCCCGUCUGUAAGGAGCUCUUCUCGCAGCCGCUGGUCUUGCCCUGCCAGCACAGUGUGUGCCACCGCUGCGUGCGAGAGCUGCUCAUGCCCAACCACGACGACUCUCUGAGCACCGACGCGGGGUCCGAGAGCUCCAACCCCGGCAGCCCUCGCGCCAGAGUGCCGUCCCCCAGCAUGGAGAAGCUGGACCGCCUGCUGCGUUCAGCUUCGCUGAGGAGGUCGUUUGGAGGGAGAGGGUCCAUAUCUUCUCCUGGAUGGAGGCGCUCCUCCGUCACUCCCCGGGUCACCACCUUCCCGUGUCCCGGCUGUCAGCAUGACAUUGAUCUCGGGGAGCGAGGGAUCAGCAUGCUCUUCAGGAACUUCACUCUGGAGAGCAUCGUGGAGCGCUACCGUCAGGCGGCCCGCGCAGCUGUGGCCAUCAUGUGCAACGUCUGCAAGCCGCCCGUCCAGGAGGCCACCAAGAGCUGCAUGGACUGCAAGGCCAGCUUCUGCAACGAGUGCUUCAAGAUGAACCACCCCUGGGGAACGCCCAAAGCCCAGCACGAGUACGUGGGACCCACCACCAACUUCAGACCGAAGGUGCUCAUGUGUCCUGAGCACGAGAUGGAGAAGGUCAACAUGUACUGUGAGGUGUGCCGGCGUCCCGUGUGUCAUCUGUGCAAGCUCGGCGGAUCUCACGCUAAUCACAGAGUCACGUCCAUGAGCAGCGCCUACAAGAUCCUCAAGGAGAAGCUAUCGAAGAGCAUCCAUUACUUAAUUAGCAAAGAAGACCAAGUGAGGACUCAGAUUUCUGAGCUGGAGGUGUUGAUCCGUCACACAGAGGAGAACGGGCAGCUCGCCGAGAGACGCACCAGCGAACACUUCGAGCGUCUGUUGGAGGCGCUUCAGGAGCGGAGGACGGAGAUGCUGCGCUCCAUCGAGCAGAGCCGGAGUCUGCGGGUGGAGCGUCUGCGGACGCAGGUGGAGGAGUACCAGGGCAUGCUGGAGAACAGCGGCCUUGUGGGAUACGCUCAGGAGGUGCUGAAGGAGACGGAUCAGUCCUGCUUCGUCCAGACGGCCAAACUGCUUCAUGUCAGGAUUCAGAAAGCCACCGAUUCUCUGAAGACGUUCCAGACGGCGGCGGCGCCAUCGUUUGAGGAGUUUGUGCUGGACACGUCGAAGGAGGAGCUCUUACUGAAGGAGCUGAGCUUCAGCGGCGUUCCUGAGCCUCCAGUGAUCGAUCUCUCUCGCUGCCGCGUUUAUAACGAGGGUCUGAUCCACUGGCAUCUGUCUGAAGACUCUCUGCCCACCGAUCAUCACAUUGUGGAGUUCAGGAAGCUGGGAUCUGAGGAAGAGUCCGGCUGGAGGGCGAGCGAGCCUGUGUUCGGCUGCAGCACAGUGCUGUCUGACCUCAGCGCAGGCUCCAGAUACACCUUCAGAGUCAAGAGCUGCAGGAACGGAGUCUACAGCCCCAGCAGCCCCGAGGUGACCCUCCACACGCCUCCAGCACCGGUGUUUGGCUUCCUGUUUAACGAGAAGUGUGGGUUCAGUGCGGAGCGGCUGCAGCUGAGCAAACGCAGAGACUCUGUGGAGAGCGUGGCGGGGAUGAGCUUGCUCUUAGCUGCGGAGCGCGUGCAGACGGGGAGCUACAUCUGUCUCGACUACAUCAUCGGCGACACGGGCAUCUCUCACGGACGCCAUUACUGGGCUUUCCGUGUGCAGCCCGAUUCAUACAUGAUCAAAGUGGGAGUGGCUUCUGACUCCAAACUAACAGAGUGGUUUCACAACCCACGAGACACCAGCAGCCCCCGGUACGACCACGACAGCGGUCACGACAGCGGCAGUGAGGACACCUGUUUCGAGGUCUCGCAGCCCUUCACGCUGGUCACUGUGGGCAUGGGCCGGCUCUUCAUCCCCAAAGCGUCCGCCAGCGCCGCCGGAGAUCACGGCAGCCGCGUCCUGCCCAUGCCGCAGAGGAUCGGAGUCUGUCUGGACUAUGACGCCGGCCGCGUGUUCUUCUACGACGCAGACACCAUGCGCUGCCUGUACGAGCGACCGGUGGACUGCUCGGGGACCAUGUACCCUGCGUUCGGGCUCCUGGGCGGCGGAGCGGUUCAUCUGGAGGAGUUCAUCACGGCCAAGCGGCUGUCCUACAUGUGAGGUGUCUGUUAACUCUGUCUCGUUCUCUUGAGCUCCUCGUCGUGUGGCUCAAGUCGAGUCCGAUCUCGAGUGCCUUCAGCCGACCGCGAGCUUCACACCAUCAGGGUUCACAUUAAUACACACCCAAAUCUAAUGCAAAGCCUCACGACGUAACUUCACUCUGAAGAAUGUGCACUGAUACUGGUAAUUACUUUUCACCGUUUACAUGCAGUUAAGUGAGCUUAAGAACAGCGAGGACGAGCGGUAUGAUUUGAUCACAAGAAUUCACUACUGAACACAUGAUUGUGCACUAGUUCGUUUUUUGUUAUUGUAGCAGCACCUGCAAAACGUAGAAAUGUUUCCAAGUAAAUAAAAACAAAUGAAUCCGUCUGAUACGAUUGUGCUAGAGAUGUUUUUUUUGUAAUUGAGUUAAACACUAAUUAAAUGUAGCAUCUGAAUCAAAGCGGUGCUGAUCAAAUGAGACAGACCUGGACACCUUAAAUACAUAUGCACUAUUAUUGUCUUGACUGGACUAACAUGGCCUUAUUGAGUAUCGCCGGCUCGCCGCUUCAUUAACCAGAUGACUGGCACUACCUACCUCUGAUCGCGGGACGCUCUCGUAGUUAUUCUGUAGAUGUGCUGCGCUGGUCUUGUGCUUUGAUCGCCUAGAAACAUGUCGACAUCUUCAAGUUGGAGCACCCUACUUCCUGAUCAGCGUGUUAUUCUGUGUAUUAUCUCCCUCUUUAUCCUCGUCGGCAAAACCUCAUACUAAUCAAAUGUUUUCAACAAUGUGACCACAUAAAAGGAGACUCUGAAUGCUUUAAACGAUUAGAUUGAGCUUUUAAUGUUUGUGAUCAUUUUAAAGAGUGUGUUUGUGUGUGAGAUCAGUGGACUGAAGUACUGAGAGCAUCUUUUAUCAGUUCCAACAUUUCUGUUUGGUUUUGCUUCAUCUCUAUGAAUUGAUUUUCACUCUAUUUUCACGUUCACCAUCAUCGGUUUAUUUUGUUGCACUGGAUGAGAAAUAAUGCACUUGUUCACUUGUUUCAGGUGCGUCACGUCACAGAAUGUGUUUUAGGAGCCUGUAACCAAAUGUUCUGCUGUUUCUUGUACAUGUGUAACGGUCUGUAAUGUGUGGUACUGAGCUUAUGAAUCCUGCUCAAGUUCUUGAAAGCAUGCGUGAGCUCGAUGCAGGUGUGAUAUAUCACAGGCUUUAAUGGAUGUAAGCAGCUGUCUCUCUGUCUCCUGCAUCUGUGUGGUUUUGUUUUUAAUGUACUAUGUGGGUUUUUAUAUAAAAAUAAAUGAAUGUCCUUUUA